UUGAAAGAGCUACAAUGGGAGAAGAACUAGUUAUUAUGCCAAGAAGGAAACUAGGAUCACAAGGUCUUGAAGUAUCAGCAAUCGGUUUAGGAUGCAUGGGUAUGUCCCCAUUACACGGAUCCCCAAAACCCGAAAAAGAAAUGAUUCAAGUAAUCCAAAUCGCCAUUGAAUCCGGCAUCACAUUUCUUGAUACUUCUGAUCUCUAUGGCCCUCAUACAAACACUAUCAUCAUCAGCCAGGCUCUCAAGGGGCCCCACACGAGACAAAAAGUACAACUCGCCACCAAAUUUGGGAUCAAGUCACUCUCCGGUGAUAAAAAGAUGGUGGUUUCCGGCGAUCCUGUGUAUGUGAAAGAAGCUUGUGAUGCUAAUUUGAAGCAACUUGGAAUCGAUUGUAUUGAUCUUUAUUAUGUUCAUCGUAUUGAUACAAGCAUUCCUAUUGAAAUCACGAUGGGGGCAUUGAAGGAAUUAGUGGAAGAAGGUAAAAUAAAAUACAUAGGGCUUUCGGAAGCUUCACCAGAAACUAUUAAAAGGGCACAUAAAGUUCAUCCGAUAACAGCUGUUCAAUUAGAAUGGUCGUUGUGGACAAGAGAUGCUGAAGAAGAAGUGAUUCCUACUUGUAGAGGACUUGGAAUUGGGAUAGUUCCAUUUAGUCCUUUAGGAAAGGGGUUCUUCUCAAAGGGUCCGAAGGUGGUUGAGAACUUUGCAAGUGAUGACUUCCGAAGGCAUCUACCAAAAUUUCAGGGUGAAAAUUUGGAGAACAAUAAGAUUGUAUACGAAAGGGUGAAUGACAUGGCAAGAAAGAAGGGAUGCACCCCGUCUCAGCUGGCGCUGACGUGGCUUCUACACCAAGGGGACGAUGUUUGUCCUAUACCUGAUGUGAAAGGCGAUAGGUAUUCACCUGCAGUAAUGCAAGACACGUGGAAAUAUGCAAACACUCCACCAUUGUCAUCUUGGAAAAAGUGGAUGAAUCUUUUAGAGGGCUUGUUUAGAUUAUACGAAAGAUUUUAUGUUUGA